AGAGGGGAGUGGGAGAGAAAGAUACAGAGCAUUAAUGGAGCCUAAUAAUGUCGAUGGGAGGGAGAUAGGAAGGGAGACUGCUCCUGGUAAGGGAAGCAAUAGAGUGUUUUCAAUAGAAGAUGGUGGUACAGUAGCUAGGAAUUCAGCCACCGAAGACGAAAAGACAGCUGCAUGGAAGAAGUUUUUGAAGCACUUAGGGCCUGGUUUUCUUGUCUCGUUGGCUUAUUUAGACCCUGGAAACUUGGAGACUGACUUGCAGGCAGGGGCUAAUCAUAAAUAUGAGCUACUAUGGGUUAUUUUGAUUGGACUAGCCUUCGCGCUCAUAAUUCAAUCACUGGCUGCAAAUCUUGGAGUAACAACAGGAAAACAUCUGGCUGAAUUAUGCAAGGCUGAAUACCCCAUGUUUGUCAAAUACUGCUUAUGGCUACUUGCAGAGGCUGCAGUAAUUGCUGCAGAUAUCCCCGAAGUUAUUGGAACUGCAUUCGCUUUAAAUAUACUGUUUAAGAUACCAGUGUGGGCCGGCGUUCUUAUGACUGGGUGUAGCACUCUACUGCUGCUUGGAUUGCAGAGAUUUGGGGUGAGAAAGCUGGAACUUCUGGUAUCUGUACUUGUGUUUAUUUUGGCUGGUUGCUAUUUUGGUGAAAUGAGCUAUGUCAAACCUCCUGCAUCUGAGGUUAUGAAGGGGCUUUUCGUGCCAAGGCUCAAAGGAAACGGUGCCACGGCUGAUGCAAUUGCUCUUCUUGGAGCUCUUAUUAUGCCGCAUAAUCUUUUCCUUCACUCUGCCUUGGUGCUCUCUAGAAAGACUCCAGCCUCUGUGAAAGGAAUAAAUAGUGCAUGCAGGUACUUCUUCAUCGAGAGUGGAAUAGCAUUAUUUGUCGCGUUACUCAUCAACAUUGCUGUUGUUUCUGUUUCGGGAACUGUAUGUUAUGCUAAUAAUCUCUCUUCAGAAGAAGCUAAUCAAUGUGGAAACCUAACCCUAGACUCUGCUUCCUUCUUACUCAAGAACGUAUUAGGAAAAUCAAGCUCCAUUGUCUAUGCAAUCGCUUUACUAGCUUCGGGCCAAAGCUCGGCCAUAACUGGAACAUACGCUGGGCAGUACAUCAUGCAGGGAUUUUUGGACUUGAAAAUGAAGAGGUGGCUGAGAAAUCUCAUGACGCGAUCAAUCGCCAUAACUCCCAGCCUUAUCGUCUCCAUCAUCGGUGGAUCCUCCGGUGCGGGAAGAUUAAUCAUUAUUGCAUCAAUGAUACUGUCGUUCGAGUUGCCAUUUUCUCUAAUUCCUCUUCUCAAAUUUAGCAGCAGCCGAACCAAAAUGGGCCCGCACAAGAACUCCAUCUACAUCAUUAUUGCAUCGUGGAUCCUCGGUUCAGGCAUCAUUGGCAUCAACAUAUAUUACUUAAGCACUGGCUUCGUUGGUUGGAUUAUCCAUAGCAGUUUACCAAAGGCUGCUACUGUAUUCAUUGGAAUGCUUGUGUUCCCUCUAAUGGCUGCCUAUAUUGUUUCUGUUAUUUAUUUAGUUUUCAGGAAAGAUAAGACGAUCACUUUUAUAGAUACUUCAAACACCACUGAAAUUCAACUGGAGAAGGGUAUGACUCACUCGAAUCGCGACAGAGAGAAUGAAGCUGUGCCUUAUAGAGAAGAUCUUGCUGAUAUCCCUCUUCCAGAAUAAGGAUAAAAGCACAAUGUGAGGAAGAAGAAAGCAAAAUCAUGAUGUUAUGUGUUUUUAUUUCACAUGCUUUAGAUAAGGAGUUUAUGUUUUGGUAUUCGUGUACUCUGCUAGAUGUUUGUACUAAAGUAUUGUACUGUGUAUCUAAUGGAGAAAAUUUGUAGUAAUGAUAAUGAAAGUAAUAAUAAUAUUGCAAUCAUUUUGUCCAUGCAA